CUAAAAAAAACAAAAAAAAAAAAAAAAAACAAUAAGCAAGGGUAAGCUGACUGUAGGCAGCACUCUGAACUCUGAUCACACAGAGCCUAUCUCCUGCAGGACACUUGUCCUGUGGGCAAGUGAGGCCAGACCUUCUGAGUGUUAGGAAGUGACCGCAUGGGGGCUGGGGAGGCAGGUGGCAGGUGUAGGGUGAGAGACAGAACAGUAGGUGACUACAGGGAGGGGCCUUCAUCUAUUCUUAGUUGGCACAUCUCUCCUGGCCCUGGAAUGCGGUCUGUCUUCUCCUGUACCUCCUCAGCCUCAUACUGACCCUGCCAUGGCAGGGAGGAAUCAGUUGGGAGCUAAGUUAGGGUCUCAUUUCCUUCCCACUGCUGUUCAAGUCCAGCCUUCCUAGCAUCCUUCCCUCUGCUGGCAUGGAAGCACUGGAAACCAGGACCUCUCUGGUCUCCUUGGAGUUUCUUUGGCUGCCCUGUGCUCUCUCUGGUGGAUAUGGUAGCCACCUGGGGGUAUGUUGCAGGUGAGGGCAGCUCUGCCAUCUUUCCCCAUACCUACACCUCUGCCUAGGCAGCCCAAGGGUCCAAACGGCUGGGUCCUCUGUGGCUGAAGGUGUGCUGUGUGUUUGUGGUGGUAUGUGUGACUUCUCUGGCCUCAUGUACCCUAUUUGUAGACACUGAGCCUGUCUUUGUCUGAAGCUUUGUCCACUUGACCAGCAUCUUGCUGGGCCAGUUCUGUGGUUACAUAUAUCCAUGACACACUAGCUGGCAGGGUAUGGAGUCUCUGCCCAGCUUCCCAGCACCCCAGCACCAGCAAGGCCUAGGUAAGGAACAGCUCUGAGAGGAGGAAGGGGCUGGUUCUACAGACAGGAUACAAUGGUUGUGAGGGGCUGCGAGGGAUCUGGGGUGAGGGAGAUAGAGAAGGCCACCCAGGCGGGCAGGUGGGGGUGGGGCGGGCAUGUGGCCAUGUUAAACACCAAGAGGCUCUCGGAUACCUGUUCUGACCUGCAGGGCAUGGCGACCCGGCGUGUCCCCAAGAGGACUGUGCUCUUCCAGCGGGAGAGGACAGGCCUGACCUACCGGGUGCCUGCGCUGCUCCGCGUGCCGCCAGGGCCCAUUCUACUGGCCUUCGCUGAGCAGCGGAUCAGCCCUGACGACUCCCAUGCCCAUCGCCUGGUGGUGCGGAGGGGCAUGCUGGCUGGCGGUUCGGUGCGGUGGGGCGCCCUGCGCGUGCUGGAGACCGCAGCGCUGGAGGAGCACCGGUCUAUGAACCCCUGCCCAGUACUGGAUGCAGAUUCGGGAACCAUCUUCCUUUUUUUCAUUGCGGUCCUAGGCCACACGCCCGAGGCUGUGCAGAUCGCCACUGGCAAGAACGCAGCACGCCUCUGCUGUGUGACCAGCCGCGAUGCAGGCCUCACCUGGGGCAGUGUGCGCGACCUCACAGAGGAGGCCAUCGGUGCAGCGCUGCGGGACUGGGCUACCUUUGCUGUGGGUCCAGGCCAUGGGGUGCAGCUUCGCUCAGGACGCCUGCUGAUUCCUGCUUAUACCUACCAUGUGGACCGUCGAGAGUGUUUUGGCAAGGUCUGCUGGACCAGUCCUCACUCCUUGGCCUUCUACAGUGAUGACCACGGAUCCUCUUGGCACUGUGGAGGCCUUGUGCCCAACCUGCGCUCUGGCGAGUGCCAACUGGCUGCAGUGGAUGGAGGCUUCCUUUAUUGUAAUGCCCGGAGCCCCUUGGGCAACCGUGUGCAGGCACUGAGUGCCAACGAGGGCACCUCCUUCCUGCCUGGGGAACUGGUGCCUACUCUGGCUGAGACUGCUCGUGGUUGCCAGGGCAGCAUUGUGGGCUUCCCAGCCCCACCCUCCAGCAGGCCUCAGGAUAAGUGCUGGUCACUGAGCCCUGGGAAUACCUCACAUUUCCAACACCUCUAUCCCAGACUGCAGGAGUCUUUGGGGGAAGGUGCUGGAGGUCCUGGUAUGGGUUGGGUGCCCAGAGGGCCUUUCUGUUACCCACAGCCCUGGGAGGAUGGUCUAGAGGAGCAUGGCGUAGAGCAGGGGCCAAGUGGAGAUAGGAUAACCUGGACCCCAACACUCCCUGUGUCCUCUUCUGCCUUGCCCCAGAGGUCCACUUGGUUACUGUAUUCCCACCCAGCAGGGCAUAGAGCUCGGCUCCGCAUGGGAAUCUACUUGAGCCAGUACCCCCUGGACCCUCACAGCUGGACAGAGCCCUGGGUGAUCUAUGAAGGCCCCAGUGGCUACUCUGACCUAGCAUCCCUUGGGCCUGUGCCUGGGGCAGCCCUGGCUUUUGCCUGUCUAUUUGAGAGUGGGGCCAGGGCUUCCUAUGAGGAUAUCUCGUUCUGCAUGUUUUCACUGCGUGAGGUCCUGGAGAACGUGCCCACCAGUCUAGAGCUACACAGUAGCAGGAACAAGCCUCAGGGGCAUUGUUGGCCCUCUUGAUGGGCCUGGCCCUCCGGUGGAGCACUUGGGAAGGAGGGGCGGAAUACACAGCAGAGGCCAGGGGGUGGGCCAGCAUGACCUCAGGAUGGAUAGAGAUCAAAUGGUGGAGUUUUUAGAGUGGCUGACUGGUUUCUAAGUAUGAAUGAAAAACAGGGAUUGUGCUGUGUCUGUUUCUUUCCAUGUCAAAGCCUGGUGAGGAGGUCCCAGUGCUCUGCUCAGUGCUCCAAUCACCAUGCAAAUUUCCCUGCUUUUGUCUUGUUCAGAUCCCACAUGCCCAGGAGUAGGCUGGAGAGGUGAAGGCACCGGGAACAGAGACUAUCACAGCCCCUUUCCACCAUCUGCUUUGUGCCAUCCCCAAUCUAUUUGGGAUUUGCUGAUGACUGAGGUCUAGUCAGUUUCUGAACUUCCAUCAGGAGAAACAGCUGGGAAUCCAGUGUUUUGAAAGAGUCUUUUCUCACCCUCUUAGCUGGUGGGGACAGUGCUGGAUUUGAGCAGGGAUCACCUCUGGAUUUGAGCAGGGAUCACUUCCUAGGACCUGCUUCAUUUGCCCACUCCUUUACCCUUCUCUGGAGAGAUCUCUGGUUCCAUCUGAGCUGUUCCCUUAGAGAAGCCCUUUUGUAUUUUUUUCUCUGUAAAAUGUUUCUAAUUAUAAAAACAAUAUGUGGGUGUUGGGGAGAUGGCUCAGUCAGUUAAAGUGCCGUGUAAGCAUGAGGACCUGAAUUUGAUCCCUAGCAUUUAUGUAAAAAACCUGGUGUGGUGGUACAUGUGUAAUUCCAGCACUUGGGAGGAGGAGAUACUUAAACCCUUGGGACUCCCUGGCUAGCCAGACUCAUCUAAUUGGCAAGCCCCAGAUACACACACACACACACACACACACACACACACACA